CGUUGGCUGCUGACUGAUACCAAACAAACACAUACAGUAGUCAGUAAACUGUAGAACAUAGUAUACUGUAAUGGCUUCAAACAGUGUAGUUUUGGUUUUAUUCUUGCUAUUCUCUGUUUGUAGAUUUGUACAAAGUGCUGGCACCUCUAUUUUGUUCAUGCAACCCCAGAGCUGUGGCAUGACUGAGUUUUUUAACUCAGCAUCUCUUCAGUGUAGUGCUUGUGGUGCCAACCAAAUCCGCAGUUCUGAUGGUCUUCAGUGUGUGUGCAAGGACGGAUAUACUGUGACAGAUGUGGGCUCGCCCAUAGUGGAGUGCGCUGCUUGUACUGGCACAGUUUCCCAAGACAAAAGAAGAUGCUUGAAGUGCACCAGUGGAAAUGUUUGUACUUGCACAGCAGGUCAGACUCAAGUUGACAGUCUGGGUACAGUUUCCUGUGUUACUUGUCCUAGUAACAGUGUAGUAAACCUUGACGGUGCAACGUGUGUGCAGUGUCAGGAGACCUUCUACACUGCAAUAGGAACAUGUCAUUGUCCAACGGCACAGCUGAUGGGAGGGUUGUGCUUCAAAGAGCCCAGUAUCACUGAAGUACUGGGCACUGUACCACACUCCUUUUGGUUUCAAACGUACCUUGAUGCAAGCUACCUGGCGUGUACAGCCUACAACAACCUGACUGCAUGCCAGCUUCUUACCAACAUGGUCAUACUCAGCUUCAAUGCGCUGGACAGCAGAGCAUACAACCUUUACAAGAAAGCUUUAGCUACAUCAGUUUACCUUCCUCGGCUGGUUUAUAAUAAUCCAUUAGUGCCACUGGGACAGACAGCCCCCAGGGGUCUAUCAUUACAAAGGAACGCCAAGAUUAAUUUUAAAAUUGCAAAAUAUGACGCCAGUGGACAUUUUUCAGGCUGGCAAGAUGUAACAGGAGGGACAUUGCAGCUGUGCUCAGACACACAGAAGAAACUUGAUGCAGCAUAUCUCUUUGGGACGUCCUACAGCCAGUCUUGUUCAGUACAAAUUUUGGAGCUCCUCAAACAGUUUCCCGAGCCUGUGUUUUAUGAGCUGUUCCUUCAGUAUAGUGAUAGUCAAGGCAACGAGUCUUUGUGGCCGGUUCCAGUCAUGAGCAGCCCAGGCAGCUCUCAAGUUCAGCAGAGAUUCUUCUUGGUAGAUGGAUUGACAGGAAGACAGGAUAACCUGAACAGUCAACCUCAAUAUGUCACCUACGCCAGCAAGCUAGUCCUGAGUGUGUAUCAGCCAAUUAGCAGCCCUGGUAAUGAGCCACCCUUCAAGCUGACAGUGCAGUACACCACAGUGGACAUCAACGGACAGCCCAACAGCCAAGCCCAGGUAGCAUUCGCUGUCACCUACAGUAUGAACCAGGACUCAAAGAGAACGAAUACUUUUAUUGCUCUGGCAGUACUGGGCGGUCUCUCCAUCUUCCUUGCUAUGCUGGAGACCAGCAGCUGGAGCCACAGGGCUGGGCAACAGUUUAUCAACUGCACAACCAUAAUCAAAUACUUAGCAUUUCUGACUGGUAAUGUUGCCAACACCUUGUUCUUAAUCACAAUCGGCACUGGUAUCUACUGGCUUGUUGCUUUCAAGGGCCAGCACACUGCGGUUGAUGUGGCACUACCCUCUCCUGGUGGGAGUCUUGAAACAGAUUUUCUCAUUUAUCUGUCUUUGGCAUUUGCAUUCAAGGCGUUGCAGCUGAUCCACAUGCUGGUUGUUCAGAUGACCAUCUCCAUCUUUCUGAUAGACUGGGAGAGACCAAAGAACACUAAACAUCAUGCAGGAAGCAGUAGCAGCGCCCCCUCAGUCAGUGCCUGGAGAACCUUCUUUGUGGCCAAUGAGUGGAAUGAGAUCCAGACGACAAGGAAACUGAACCCCCUACUGCAGCUCUUUGCAGUGCUCCUAAUACUGGAGGUCAUUGGGGUCAUAAACAUUGCGGCGAGAGAUCUGAACCUGGCCGUGCAGCCGGGAGCUGACAAUUACCAGGCUCCCUGGAGCACUAUCCUCCGAUAUGGAAUAACUGCUUCUGUCUGGCUGGCAGUCGGUAUUGCUCAAAUCCUGUUUUUUGUCGUCAUCUAUGAACGGUUAGUGGAGGAUAAAAUCCGUCAGUUUGUGGACUUGUGCUCAAUGAGCAACGUGUCUGUGUUCAUUCUGCUGCACCAGUGCUAUGGUUUCUACAUCCAUGGCCGCUCGGUCCAUGGACAUGCAGACGUCAGUAUGGAAACCAUGCAAACUAACCUGCAGAAAGAAAAGGAUAACCUGUGUGCUUUGCGGGGCUUGGAACCAAGCUCUGAAAUCCAAACCUUCGACUUCCUUCUCACACAGAAACUCAGGGACCAGCUGGACAAGAUUGUGCGGCCUCUCUCUAAGACAACAAUGAAUGGCAGAGGUGGAUCCCAAGGCUUGCUGGAUCAAAAGACAAAAACCUAUUACACCAUGAACCGGUUCCUGUCUUCAUUCCUCGAACAUGUUCACGAAGACAUGGACUACAUGGUGAAGGACAAACUCUUCUUAGAGAAGAUUAUGAACUAUGAAUUCCAGCAGCCAUUUGAAAGGAGCAUGUUCUACAAUGAUCCAGAUGGCAUUGUCUUCAGCAAUGUUCUUUAUUAUGGGAAUGAGCUGGUUCUCCUGCUGUUUGACACACUGCUCUUCUGUAUUAUCGACCUUGGGACUCAGAACAUUGUGCUGGCUACAAUCCUUACAUAUCUUGUACAGCAGUUGCUGGAGAUGCUUCGGUAUUAUAUUGCAAGAAAUAACCUCACCAAAAAGACAUUGGUGGACCAAUGCUUUCUGAUCUAAAGAAGAAUGUUAUCAUAAUAAAAAAAAGCUUAAACCAAUAUUUACCUAUAAAUAUGUGUAUUUAUAUUGAAAUAUAUCUUUUUGUAUCUUUCAUUUGGUUGCAUCUUUCUAAUAAACAAUACAAUGAUUGUUAA